CGCGCGCCCAAGCAGCAAGUUAAGUUUCGCACCUGGCCAGGUGUUCGCGAUCGUCGUCGCAGGUUGCAUUUUCCCUCUUUGCCGUCCCACCGAUUCCCGUGAGUGUGCAGUGCAGUGUGUGUGCUUGAGUGUGUGUCUUGGAUCGUAAAGAAAAAUUACACGCUAUACGCAGCCGACGAGGAAAUUAACUAAUCACAAUCAUUUCCGAAACGAGGGAAAGAGUGAAGAGGGGGAGCUACCGAAAAUUGAAAGCAACAUUCGAGCGGGAAAGAAGCUGUGGCCAAAAUGAACUUUUUUGUGAUUGGCUUUCUGAUCAUGCAGGCGGCAAGAUUGGCUUGCGGGACGUGUGUUUUAUCCUCCGAUUUCGGUUUCAUAAUCGAUUGUAACUUCAAAAAGUCUGGACUGUUUCGAGUACGAAAUUUGGGUGGCCUAAAGGCCCAUUUCGGUUUAGGUUUCAGCCUGGGCGAUGAACUAGGCUUUCCGGAGUCGCUGGGCAACGUGGAGAGCGAUCGCCGAAGAGCCAUUAGCUACAAGAACGGAGCUCCGCCGGAUUUGGUGGGCGUGCUGCCCUCUACCCAGCAGCAGGUCAAAGCCCCAGUCCAACAACCCUUGCCGGAGAAGCGGAUCAGUUCACGCUCCACCGGAGCAGCGCCUUACAACCUGCAGCAGGUGCAACAGGCGCAACAGGCGCAGCAGGUGCAGCAACAACUAAAACUUAAACAGCAACUUUUGUUGCUGCAACAGCAGCAGCAAGCGCAGAAGGCCCAGCUCAUGACCGAGGCGCGUCCCCUGCCCCUGGGUGUUCCCGCCUUCCGACCCAUUCCCAAGAAGCAACAGCAGGAGAUCGCAGCGGCAGGUCCGGCUCCAACCACGGCAGAGAGGCGGGUGGCCGUGGAUACCCCAGAGCCCAGGGUCAGUGUCAACAACAAGCUGAUAAGUGCAAACGAUAAGCCACACUCCAACCGCACCUUCCACGUGGCCAAUCCGGUAGUUUCCCAGCCCGUGGCCGUGCCCGUGUUCCAGGCCAUGCCCGACUCCAUUGCCCGCAUCGCCAACGUGGGCAAGGAGCACCGAACGGUUUCCAAUCAUCCGAAUUACCUGCAGUUCGAGGAGCCCAAGUUCGAUCUGAAGGAUGUGACCGUGGAAGAGCUGGCCGCGGCGGCCAAUGUCACUGUGGACACCAUCAAACACGCCAUCUAUGUGCGAGAGCAGCAACUAAAGGCGGAGCACCGGGCUCAGCUGGCGGCCAAGCUGCGAGAGGAGUUUAUGCGCACCUCUACAGUAAAAACUACGACGACGACAACGACAACCAGCACACCGCGUCCUCAGAAGUCCCUGGCGGAGCACAAGGUGUCCAAGGUAAUGAAUGCCCCCAAGGAGUAUUAUCCCGUUGGGUACGACAAGAACUUUGACGAUAAUUUUAAAUCGAAAGUGGAUCUGCCGCCGACGAGCUUUUCCUGUGCCAAGCAGAAGCACUUUCCGGGUCUCUACGCCGACACAGAUCUGGGCUGCAUGGUCUUCCAUGUGUGCGCCCUGACCGACGACGGAAUGGUGCGGAAGUCCUUUCUCUGCCCGGAAAACACCCUGUUCGACCAGACGAUCCUAAAGUGCAACUGGUGGUUCUACGUGGACUGCAGCUCCAGCACCAGCAUCUACGACUCGAACAUUCCCAUCUCGAAGAGCUACCAGCUAAUGAAGUCCCUCACCUACUUCUCCAAGUUCGCCGGCGGCCAGCGACAGGGCCAGGAGCAGGACGGCGCCAAGGAUGAGAACGCUUUGGACAUAGACUCGCUGCGGGAGUCGAUGGAGGGCGUGUUGCGGCGCCAGGAGCAGGCCAAGAAGGCGGAGCAGCGCGAGGCGGAGGAGAAGGAGCAACGAAGCCGGCCAAAGGAGGACCAUGAGCAUGUGGUGCCUGCGGAGGGAGAGCAACGGCUGUCCAACUAGGCUCCAGAGCCCCCAUCCACGCUAUCUGAGAUCUAGGUUAAGUGUUCACGAUCGAGCGUCUCUGGUCGGUUAGCCGUACGUAGUCAAGUCUUUGCUCCUUGCUCCACGAGUCAAUGGGUUUUCCUGUAAUCUUCUCUCAACAAUUCCAGCGGCAGCUCCUGCACAGAGAAAAAGAGUUGCCUAAAGCAGGCAAUGAAUUUUCUCUGUGUAGUCCCAUUUUUCCUUUGCUCCCGAGCGCCCAUAGAUAUAGUCCUUGCUAGCUCCUUAAGUCUCUAGUUAAGUCCCAGGCGAUUGGGUUUGGGCAGUUAAUGUUAUUACGUUUUACUAUUUAUUUAUUGUACAAGUAUUUCGCGACAAUUAAACAUUGUUUUUUUCAACACAAAGGAUACAUGUCCUUUUAUAUCGGCGCACCAAGAUCAGCAAACUCUGGAGGGAAAUAAAGUCUUUGUAGAUAAAGCUUUCAUUACUAAUUGCAACUCCAUUUUCAGGACCAAAUUAUAAAAAUUAAAACCAAAACGAGAUACAUGUUCUAA